CCACGCCAGGCGGGGGAGAGGUGUUAGUGUGUACCCAUCUUGUUUUUAUCUGUUAAUGGACAUGAAACGACUUGUACUAUCGUCAAAAGUAAAAAGAUACGCAACCUUGCACCUCAGAAGAGUUAAGUUAUCAAAAAACUCAGAAAUUCUGCUGUGGUUAAACUGCUUAGUGUUCCUACAAAGACUGGCAAAAGCUUGUGACAAUAAAAGUCGAGAAUUGAAAUCUGGGGGCAUAACUGCUCAUACCUUCCGCUUGAUACAAAAGAAAAUAUUGAAAAGUUGUCGUGCGUAAAAUGGAAUUUAAUGUGACGAACCCAUAGCAGAAUAAACCACCUCAGGAAAUGUCACAAAUUCUUAAAGCAUAUAAUAUCACUGAUGAGACAGAACAGCAGACCGAAGACAUUGAUGCACCACAAAUAUCAAAGAAGGUUGCAAAACUACUACAAGCCACUUUAUCUGCACAAGAACUGCGUAAAACAAAAGUUACUUUUCAUAAAAUAAAAGUAAAUAAAGAGGUGCAUGAUCUUAUGUGCACUGAUGCUUUUCAAGAAAAAGUUAAUUCUGUUCAAAUGCUGAUAACGGAUUUGGAAUCUGCGGUGGACAAACAAGAAGUCUUGACAAAGAGGCUUCACCAACCCUACCAAGGACCGCAGCUAACACUACAAGUUCAGCAUCAUGAAACUGCAGUAAAGCUGUUUGAACAGAUAGAUGCUAGUUUAGGCAACUUGAAUGAACACUGCAAUACAAUAGAGUGGCACAACUACCACCAACUCUCAGAACCAAAUAUUGUGCACUGUCUACAUAAAAUAUGUACCAGCUAUAAUGAGAUAAAGGCAAAAUGGAGGAACCUUUAUUCAAUCCGAUCUGAUCUAGUGGGCCAGAGUCUUUAUUGUUCAACUAAUAAAGUAUGGCAGACAGUGAACAAAAUAUCAUAAACUAAAGUUUUCUAUUUUAUCCGCUCGUCGAUUACAGUGUGUACACCUGUUUUUAACAAAGCAUGUUUUAGUUUCAUUUGUGCGUGUACAGUCUUUGACAACACCCCACAGUCGCGUGCGUAGUGAGGAACAAUAAGAGCCACUUCAACAUACCGCGUAUCGAUUGAUGCCAGCGCAUAAACCUCGUUUCAAUAACAUAUUUUAGUAAAACCUGUCUGGAAACAAAUAUAUGUACUGUGGCCAAAUAUAAGUUGUUUUCUUGUGCCGGUGAUUUACUGUGCUAGGAUUAGAUAUGGCAUCAAAAAUGUCUUCGCCCGACUCCAAAGUCCGCAGCAAUCCGUGCAAAGAGCGCACUUCGCACGGGAAUUCGAACCUAGAUGACAAGGCUGAACUUGAAGGUCACGUGGUUGGAGAUCUUAUAACCUUCGUCUCAAACACCGCAGUGUAUUUCGAUAACCCCGACCUCAGUGAUGUCAUACUGAUGGUGGACGAACAUAGAUUCUACGCCCACAAACUUGCUCUUGCUGCACAGAGCGAGGUUUUUCGCGAUAUGUUGAUAGUCAGUGACAGAUGUUCCGGGUGUCCAGAUUUUGAAAAGGAAUUAAAACUGAACGAAUCAAAGGAAUGUCAACAAGUUUUCCCUUCAUUUUUACGAUUUUUUUAUUGUGGAAAAAUCUCAUUUUCUUCUGAGAGCGCACUCCCUCUUCUAGUUCUCGCAGCUAAAUACAGAGUGGAAUCACUGAGAGUUGCUUGUGAUGCUUUUAUCACUGGAAUGAUUGAGGAUGGAGACCUUAAGAGCGCUGUUAAAUGGCUAAGAUAUGCAGCACGCUACGAAUUACACGAUCUCACCGCAAAAUGUGUAGAUGGUGCAAUUUCUGAUAAUAUCGAAGAACUUGCGGACAGUCCCGAUUGGUUAAACUUUACCGUUGAUUGCAUGGAAGCGAUUCUUAGAAGUUCCAGCCUCUUGGUUCCAGACGAAUUCUUUAUAUUUGAAGCUCUUCAACGUUGGUUUAUGUCAAGCAAGAAAACAACCCCAAACUGUCAUCUGGAAGAAGAUCUAAGAAAAACGCUUCAAUAUAUACGCUUCUCACAAAUGCACAGCACCCAACUUCUUGCAGUUGAAGAAUCUCCCAUUGGUUUGAAUUACCGAUCCAUCAUAAGAACUUAUCUUGGUGAUGCCUACAGGUACCAAAUAUUGGCGAAAGAAAGUCCCGAGUUUCAGGAACCCCAGUAUUUGCCACGUGAUUACACCGACAAGCAAUGUUGUGUUCAGAUGUUUUACCAUCCAAACCGAAACAAACGGACCGCUCCUUCUGCUUUCUAUGGUAAUGGUAAAUGGGAAAUACAACCAAGAAGAUAUUACGACACCCUCAAUGUCGUCAUCAUAUUAAAGAAGCCACUUGAAAUGGAUGUCAAAGUUUACAUUUCAAUUCUUAUCUAUAAGAGGUGCGGUAGCAUCCAAAUGAGAUUGCGAAGGAAAGCAUGUGUGUUGCGUGCACUUGAAGCAGCACCAAGGGUAACAGCAUUGGCUGGUGGAGUUACUACACAGACCAGCACUCCUACAAAUACACCAAGAUCCAACUCGACCACGUCGUCAGCCAGCAAUACUGUAGGGAAGGACAGCAGCAACAUUCCUUAUGCAGCUUCCCACGCACACAGAUCGCCACAUGGACCUGCAAGCAAGCUACAUGGGCCACAUGAUGGACAGGAAUAUUACGCAAUAGAUAACAUAAUAAGCGACAGUGAUUUUCAGACAGCGACAAGUCAGUCAGGACCUGCUGGAAUAAAACUAGGCGUAAUUAUUCGAACUUGCGGUGUUAACCUUGCUUAGUUUUCUUGACCCGUUGUUUUCUGCCGACUGUUUAUAAGGUGGUGUACUACGGGACACUUAAGCACAUUUUCCACAAUACUUCAAAACUCAAAA